AUGAGACCAACGACGUCCUCAAAUAUCCUAACGGCCCUCGCCGUCGUCAAUGGCGUCCUCGCCGCCGUCCCCCACGUCGACUUUGACCGCAUGGGCAAGGUCGCCCUCGUUGGCGCCUUCGCCGGUAUCGACCUCUUCCAGAACGACUCUGUAGCCUUCGACCCCGCAACAUCCACCCUCUUCUCCCGCGACGAGCGUGGUUCACUCCAGCGACUCGCCUCUACCAACCCUGGCGGCCGCAUUCUCGCCGGUUGCCAACUUGCCGACGAUUUUUACUUUGCAGGCCUCUUUUCCUCAGUAAACGGCAUCGAUGCCUCAAACAUCGCCAUCUACUCGCCAAAGUCAAACCAAUUCUCCACACCAGGUUCAGGAGGCACAAAUGGCGAGGUCGAGGCCCUGUAUUGCGACGGAGAGGAGAACAAGGUUUGGGUCGGCGGAAGUUUCUCGUCCCCUGCAGCUGCCGUCGCCGUCUACAACCCAAGGUCCAACGAGUGGGAGCAGCCGCCCUUUGGUGGCCUCACCGGUGCUCAAGCCAAAGUUUCCUCCAUAACAACCAACUCUUCCGACUCGAGCAUCUUUUUCGCCGGCUCAUUCGUCGCAUCCUUUGGCAGUCCCCGACAACUCAACGGCACCAACAAUCCCAGCGUGCCCUUCUCAACGGGUGCUACGCCAUUCUCGUCAUCGCUCGUCCCGGUUCCCAUCCAAGAUGCAGAAAUCGUCGCUUCACCCUCAUCCGGUGAAGAUGGCUUCAGCGAUAUCCGCAACAUCCUCUGCCCUGUCGCCGAAGAUGAUGGCCCAGGAAACACUUGGUUUGCUCAAGAUGGAACCACCGCCGUCAUCACGCUUCGAGCCUUUGAGUUCAUCGCAGCCAACGGCAUUCGCUUGGGAAAUACCUUCAUAAGCAACCGUGGGACAACCGAGUUCAGGGUUACCACCAUCCCAGACAACGGCCCACAAGAACUGCGAUAUCUCGAUCCCGCCACUGGUGAAAACCGCACUUGCACCGACCCAUGCCCUCUUUCGACCGAUUCUUCUGUCCUCUACCAGGACUUUUUGUUCAGCAACCCGUUGGCCAUCACUGGUGUUGAAAUCACGCUUUCAGGCUUCAGAGGUCAAUCAGCGGGCUUGCACAUGUUGCAGCUGCUUUCCUCAGGUGCAUUUGCGUCCUCUAUCGAUGAUAACAAUCGCAUUUCCUGUUAUGCUCCCAACCCCUCCAACACCACACGUACUGGCGACUGGGCUGUCAAGCAAGUCAACACCGAUAUUGCAGCCACCCAACAGAACGUCCUCAUUUCUUCCGUUGAAGUGGGAACCCCCGCUGCUUCUGGACCAACCUUCACCUGGGUUCCCUAUGUUUCUGCAUCUGGAAACUACGACAUCAACCUCCUCAUCCCAGGGUGUACCAUUCUUCAAGACUGCGACCGUCGAACAUCGGUUCAAGUUGUCGUCUUCCCCGGUGCAGGCCUCCCGCCCAACGUCAUGACCGUAUCUCAGCAAAACACCGAAGACGCGUCCAUCCUGAUCUACAGUGGCCCCAUCCUACCCUCCUCACCAGACUUUGUGACCACCAUCACCAUGUCGCUUGCAGAGGAUCCAGUUGGCACCGGGGCGGAUGGCCGCUAUGAGAUCAUUGCUGACCGUGUUCAGCUGGUCCUUCGUUCCGCUACGCCCUCGGAGUCCGGCAACGGAAAUGGUACCACGACUGUCGGCGGCCAGCGUGCCUUUGGUUUCCUCGAGUGGCCUCGUUCCAUUGACAUCACUGCAGAUGGUACCAACGCCCUUCCCAAUUCCAGCAUCACCGCCCUCGAUAGCAUUGGCUUUGACCUCUUUGCUGCCCUUGGCGGCCAGCUGACUGCCAAUCCACUAUCCAUCAAUGCUGUUGCCCACCAUCCUUCGGGUGCCAUCUUCCUUGGUGGUAGCUUCACGUUGACCUCGGGUUCAGCUGAAGGUGCAUCCAAUAUUGUCGCUUUCCGUGAUGGCGCAUUAGUUUCAUUGCCCGACCGUGGUCUCGACGGUGCUGUUACCUCUCUCGUCAUCGAGGGUGACUUGCUCUUCGUUGGUGGUUCAUUCCGCGACACUCAGUCCGGAUCCACCAGCGGCCGUCUCCGCGGAGUUGCCGUUUACAACAUCGAAAGCGACUCUUGGGAUUCACUCGGUGCUGGUGUCAAUGGCCAAGUUACCAGCGUUGGCUUGACGGACGGACGGGUUCAGAUCUUGGGCAACUUUACUGAGCUCGCUGAUCCUGACUCUGAUGUCACGAUCCCUGCCGGUGGAUUUGCGGCUUGGGACGUUCGUUCCUCGUCAUGGGGCAACCCUGGAGGAUUCACCCUUGGUCGCAUGACCCUCAUCGCCAACGCCACGUCCUCGACCCAGUAUGUAGCUGGUAACGUUGGCUCGGCGAGGAAGUACGGAGCGUCCGGAAUGGUGUUCUUGCAAAACUCGGAGAACGACGGGCUUCCUCAAGUCAGCCCCCUUUCGAUUGGUUUGGGAGCCGGAGAACGCCAAACGUCUUCUACGCCUUCCGGUUCCUCUGCUGAUGCAAGGCGUCACCUCCAUGCUAGGGCAAGGACGAGGACGUGGGUUUCCCAUCUCAAGCUUCCCCGGGUCUUCGCGAGGCAAUCUAGUCCCAGUAAUCUUGCACCUUUGCCAUCCCUUCCUGAAUCCCCUGCACCUGCCGUCCUCGCAGGCGCCUUUUGGAAUAACGGAUCGACCGAAGUGGCUGUCCUUGGAGGCAACUUUACUUUCGUCGCCCCAGGUACAUCUUCCCCCGCCCAAUCCGUCGCCAUCUACGAUCCCGAAACUGGUGCAGUCCGCGCACUGCUCGGCGAACAACUCAACGGUGUCGUUCGAGCUGUCUUGGUUGACGGAAACCGACUCUUUGUUGGCGGCGAAUUCACGUUGCCCAAUAACAACGUGAACGGCAUUGCCAUCUACGAUUUGGAGAAGGAUGAAUGGGAUGUCUCUGGCUUGCAGCCCCUUCAAGGCGGUUCCGUCGUCGUUCGUUCCAUUUCCAAAUCCGAGUCGAGGGAGGGUAUGAUCAUCGUUGCUGGAUCGUUCGAUCAAGCUGGCAGUUUGCGUUGUCAAGCUGUUUGUUCGUUGGAUGUUGGCACUAAGCAGUGGAAUGCCCUCGGCAGUGGUAUUCAGGGAGAAGUCGCUUCUGUUGUUCACGCAUUAGAUGAUGUGAUGUUUGUAGGAGGCUCCCUGAUGCUAUCUGAUAACACCCUCGGCAACGUUCUCCAGUUUGCAUUUGGGAAUGCAACUUGGACUACUGUUGGAACUGGUUCAGAGCUCCCUGGCCCUGUUACCGCUGUUGAAGUUAACAACCGCAAUGCGAGCAGUAUCUUUGCGGCCGGACAGGGUGAAUCCGGUCCCUUCUUGAUCCACUGGGAUGGUUCCAACUGGUCUUCCCUUGAAUCCACUCUCAGUGCCGACUCGACCAUUGCCUCGCUCUCUAUGGUACCUCUCCAGAACACUCACGAAGAGCAGGGUGUCAUUCAACAAGAUCGCGUUCUCCUUGUUUCGGGUUCCCUGGUCGAUUCUGCGCACGGCAACAUUUCUUCCGCUCUCUUUGAUGGAAAGAACAUUAUCCCUUAUAUCGUCUCCUCCUCUACCACUGGCUCUUCAGGGUCCGUUGCAUCCUUGUUCCGUUCUUUGGCGGACUUCAGCUUUGACCAACGCAAAUUCCUUGCGGUUGGAGUUGUCAUAUUGAUCUCCAUCGCCAUUGCAGCUGGAGUUGUCUUCUUGCUGGCCUUGAUUGGUAUUCUGUGGACGUUAUUCUCCCGCAAGGAUGAGAAGAUGAACAAGUAUGAAGUCGAGGAAGAUGACGGAGACUCAACCCACCACCGACCCUCGUCACUCCUGGAGCACAUCAAUGCGGCUACUCGGACUACGAUCCUUGGAGCAAGUCCAUACCAAGACUAUAGCGAGAAGGAUGACGACAGGUCUCGGUCAGAACCCGACCCAUUCGGUCCUGACGCAAGUAAUUUUGCAAGGGCUGAGACCCCAUCUGACGCCAUGGGUGGAAUGCUUGCGGAAGAGGUCAGUCGACCAGCGCACGCAAGAUAUUCGUUCGAUGGGAAUGGUGAGGGAGAGUUGCCCAUAUCUGCGGGUGAUGAGUUGGAAGUUUUGGAUGACCGUGACCCUGCAUGGUGGUAUGCGCGCCAUGUCCGAACGGGCCGUGAGGGUGUUGUUCCUGCAGCUUAUUUGUACUAGAUUAUAAUUAUUCGCUAUACCUCGUUUUGUUUUGUCGUCGACUCGUUAUUUUUGGCUCGUCUUGCAUUCAUUUCUUUUUAUUCUUGCAUUCGCUUGUUAUGACGCACAGUCUAUAUAUACCUCCCUCCAAUGAACGUUGAACUCUUUCAAACCGAAUUGAUUUCGACACCAGCUAGCGUAGUAGAGACUUGCAUGUCUUUAUUCGUAAUAUGUUUGAUAUACAGAAAAACCAUGAUAUGUGUACAA